AUGGGCGCAACUCGACCACACGAGGGCGGCGCAAAGUCGUCUUCAAAGAGUAAGGACUUCAAGAAGAAGAAGGGUUUCGCCAUUGGGCCUGCGAAUCUGCCCGAUGGCACACACCGAAGAAAAAUUGAGAAGAUCAAGAAGAGCCUUAUAGACAAAGCCAAGAUUAAGAAGCAGUACGCCAAACUCAAGGCACGCGAGGAAAAGGAAGCCGUCAACCCACCAAAGUCAGUCUACGAACGCGAAGCCAGUACCGAGCAUGGCGACAAAGCUCCUCCCGAACCUGCGGCCGAGCCUACUCUGGAGCCACACCCUGACCGUGCUGUCCUGCUAGAGGAAAAGUCGCCUGAACCAGAGCGCCAGCAGAACUUCGAGAGGCGUCAACGGCGACCGCGCCCUCAGCCCUUCCAGAAAGAAAGCGAACUGGCGCAAAAGAAGAAAGACGAGGCAGAAGCGCGCCGGAAGGCCAAGGAAGAGGCUGACAGGGAGCGUGCUAACAAGGUCGCUGAGCGAGAGCGCUUCAGAAAAACAAUGGCAAAAGCAAGGGGAGGUCCAAAUGGCCAACGAAAGUUGGGUCGUGAAAGCACUGUCCUGCUUGCAAAAGCACAACGGAUCAUGGGCAAAACCUGA